GCCAGCCUGGGAAAGUUGAGCCCUGGUCCAGCCCCGAGCCGAGUGGGCAGAGGCCUCUUGCCAUGCUAGCCUGCUGCAGUGAUGUUUUCCACUAUGAGACAAACAAAGUCACCCGGAUCCGGAGCGUGAACUAUGGCACCAUUAAGUGGAUCUUCCACAUGAUCGUCUUUUCCUACGUUAGCUUUGCUUUGGUGAGUGACAAGCUGUACCAGCGGAAAGAGCCCGUCAUCAGUUCCGUGCACACCAAGGUCAAGGGCAUAGCGGAGGUGAGAGAGGAGGUCGUGGAGGACGGGAUGAAGAAGGUGGUGCAGACCGUCUUCGACACUGCGGAUUACACCUUCCCCUUGCAGGGAAAUUCCUUCUUUGUGAUGACAAACUUUCUCAAGACAGAAGGCCAGGAGCAGAGGCUGUGUCCCGAGUAUCCCGCCCGCAGGACACUCUGUUCGUCCGACCGGGGCUGUAAAAAGGGAUGGAUGGACCCGCAGAGCAAAGGAAUCCAGACCGGAAGGUGUAUAGAGUAUAAAGGGAAACAGAAGACCUGUGAAGUCUCCGCCUGGUGUCCCACCGAGGCGAUGGAAGAGGCCCCCCGGCCUGCACUCUUAAACAGUGCUGAAAACUUCACUGUGCUCAUCAAGAAUAAUAUCGAUUUCCCUGGCCACAACUACACCACGAGAAACAUCUUGCCAGAUAUAAACAUCACUUGCACCUUUCACAAGAUUCAGAAUCCACGGUGUCCCAUUUUCCGACUAGGAGAUAUCUUCCAAGAAACAGGAGAUAAUUUUUCAGAAGUGGCAAUUCAGGGAGGAAUCAUGGGCAUUGAGAUCUACUGGGACUGCAACCUGGACAGUUGGUCCUAUCACUGCCUUCCAAAAUAUAGUUUCCGUCGCCUUGAUGACAAGAUAACCAGUGAGACCUUGUACCCCGGCUACAACUUCAGAUAUGCCAAGUACUAUAAGGAAAACAAUGUUGAAAAGCGGACUCUGAUCAAAGUCUUUGGGAUCCGUUUUGACAUCCUGGUUUUUGGGACCGGAGGCAAACUCGACAUCAUCCAGCUGAUCGUGUACAUCGGCUCGACCCUCUCCUACUUCGGUUUGGCCACGAUGUUCAUUGACUUUCUCAUCGACACUUACUCGAGCAAAUGCUGUCGAUCCCGCAUUUACCCCUAUUGCAAGUGCUGUGAAUGCUGCGCGGUCAAUGAGUACUACUACAGGAAGAAGUGCGAGUCCAUUGUGGAGCCCAAGCCGAGACCCUCGAUGGACUUCACAGACCUGUCCAGGCUGCCCCUGUCUAUCCAAGACCUGGCCCCCACUCCUGGGCACCCAGAGGAGAUCCAGCUGCUCAGCGAAGAGGUGACUCCCAGAUCCAGCAACAGCCCGGGCUGGUGUCAGUGUGGAAACUGCCUCCCGUCCCAACUGCCCGAGAGCCACCGGUGCCUAGAGGAGCUGUGCUGUCGGAAGAAGCCAGGCGCCUGCAUCACCACCUCAGAGCCGUUCAGGAAGCUCGUCCUGUCCAGGCAGGUCCUGCAGUUCCUCCUGCUCUACCAGGAGCCCUUGCUGGUGCUGGACGCAGAGGCCACCAACAGGCGGCUACGGCACUGUGCCUACAGGCGCUACACCACUUGGCGCUUCGGCUCGCAGGACCUGGCUGACUUUGCUAUCCUGCCCAGCUGCUGCCGCUGGAGGAUCCGGAGGGAGUUUCCCAAGAGUCAAGGCCAGUACAGUGGCUUCAAGAGUCCUUACUGACGGCACAGCGCUGGGCGGUCAUUUUAACAUCACCUUUGCUUGCACCUUGAGCUUCACCUGCAAAGGUCUGUGGCCAGAUUUUGGGACGAAGGGAAAUGUGCUUUCCUCCGCUAUAGGUCUAUAUGUGUCAGGGAGCACAGAGACCUGGGUACACACACACCCCAGAAUCCCUCGGCAUGGACUAAGCGUCAAGAGACUCGGAUGUCUGUCUCAAUUCUGUCCUUAGGAAGUUGUGUGAUCCUAGGCCUUGGCCUCUGUACCUCAGGCACCUUAGUAUCCAAUCUACUGUCUCACAGAGAUGUUGGGAGGACAAUUUGAGACAGGAUACGUGAACUUUCUUAAUGCAUAAAGAGCUACAUGAAUACAAAGCAGCUCAUUAUGAGGUCAGACUAAGAUAAUGUCCAACUAUGAACAAACCCUUUGGGUCCUGGCUGGAGAAUGUGGAGGAUCAAAAGUGGCCACAAAUUCUUUGGCACUUGUCCCUCAGGACCUGAGAGUUAUGUCUCAUCCCCUUGUGUGUGGGCAACUCUGACUGCUUAUCCAACAGUGGAAGUGGUGCUAUGUCAGCUUCAAGGUCUUGGUCUUAAGAGGCUGGCAGCUUCUACUCCCUGUCGCUUGACACUCUGGCUGUGAAGGAAGCCACCCUCCAGGUAGAAGUCUGACUGUCCAGAGACUGCCCCGCUGUGAGGAAGCCCAAGCAGCCACAUGGAGAGGAGAGAUGUCCAAGCAGCCCCCAGCCUGCAAACCAUCCAAGCCCAGUCACUAAACCUGGGCAAGAAGCAGCCUUCAGAUGAUUCCAGAGCCUGCUAACCCAUGACCGAGACACCCAGUGAGAGCUGCCCAGUGACUCAGAGAACAAAAUUGCUGUUUUAAUCCAUUAAGUUUUGGGUUGUUUGUUACACAGCAACAGAUAACUGGGACAAGAGAGCGAGCCGGACUCACAGAGACACAGACUCCACCCAUACCGUCCCUGGUUCUAAGGUUUUCAGGGAGCCUGGACCACCCUGGAGACCCUCAGCGGGGCUGCAGACCAAACCAGCUCUGCCCUGGAAUCCCGUCAGACCUCACUGCCGAGCUACCCGAUACAUUCUGAUUACAUCGCAUUUCUAUGACUGAUAAAAACUGGAAAAGGCCGCCUUUGGCACCGACAUCUUGCACCUUGCAGCCAGUUAGAGGGGAUGCAGUCAAGACUCUACUUACAAAGCAGCCCAUGCCGAAAACCUUUAGUAUUUCUAUACAUCGACCACUAAGAAUAUAAAAGUGGAUAGUAUUAAGUUUUAGGGUCCUCCUGCAGGAUUUCCUUUUCAUGGUUUUGGCACUAGAAUCAACUAUUUCUAAACAACUGUUUUAAAGAAUAAAUAGAGACCACUAUUCGACACUGUGGCUGAUGAAGGAUCUGUGAAGUUUUUUAUACAUACUCGAAGAUUUACCCUUUUGAUACUUUUUAAAAACCAACAGCUUUUUACUGUAUUAAUGUAAAAGGAGAACAAAACUUUUCGAGAACCAGGAUUUUUUCAACUCAGGUAUCAAAUUAAUUAGGCCAGACUGAACUUUCAUUUUUACUACCUUUCUGAGAUAUUUUUGAAAAGUGGAUUCUAUAUGACUUCUUCAGAAUUGAAAUUCUUCCUCCUAGAAUUCUAUGUAAUAGCUACACAUGUCCAUUCUGAUGACCUCUGGGCCUCGUGACCUUCAUUUCUCUGUGCCUUAUCCCUGGUAUGGUUCUGUCACCUCACAGAGGCCCCAGAUGGAGUCAGAAUUUGGAAUGACAAAGAAUCACUGGAUCCGCCCACUGUUCUCCUUCGCCACCUUCACAGAUGCUUUAGGUGAGAGGGUGACGUGUUACGUCAACUGUGUAUAAAAGGUCUGACACUUCCUAUAAUAACGUGCAUCAUAUUUGAAUUCUUAUUUUUAGUCUACUGCAUAAAAUGUCAUUGCCAAAGGCAUGCCAAGGAGAAGCACGUUUUGUAGGCUCUGUUUUCUUGUACUGAAAUCCAUUCUUCUGUUAUGGUAACUGCAGGGGAUUCAUGGCUUCAUGUCUGUGCCAGAGCUCUGCUUCCAUGUAACACUGACUGAUUUCAAGUAGAAUUGGUAAUGGACUUGCACUUCUCUCUUUAAAAGGAGCCAUUUUUUAAACACUUCCUAAUUCUAGCUUGGCAACGUAGGUGUCUUAACUUGGCUGUUUUGAUAAUAAAGAAUAAUGUAUAAUUCAUGAUUAUUGAAGUGUUCCUUUUACUUCCUCUUCUCAGCAGAUCCCCAAAUCACAGCUCACUCACUGACACAUUCACUCAACAUAUAUCUUUUGAGGUUAUUGUGACUUAGAAGAUAUAUAUUUGGUCACUGCCCCCGCCUAGUUCCUGACGAAGAGCUUCUAAAUCCCUUGGAACUUCCUGGGUGAUAGGAGUGUCUUGUGUUCUAAUGAGGUGACUCUUGGUGGGCUCUUGGGUAUCUUCAGGUUGGGGACUGGUCACCAGAGAGACCAAGUCA